UGGUCUGCUUCGGUAGGGAACCUAGAGCAUAAUAAAAGUUUGAUCAAUAGCUGAAAUAACGAAGAUGUAGACUUCGGCAAUUGUACAUACUAAUAAGCAUAGAAAAUAAGCAAUAUGAGCGGAAAACAUACGAAAAAAUCAACAAGCAUUUCGGAUGUGAACAAACACAUUUUAGAAAUAAAGAAAAAAAUUCAAUUAUCAGAGGGUCAAAGGAAGGCGCUAUUUGAGGUGCGUGAAGCAGAAUAUAAAGGAAAUUGCAACGAAAUUGCGAAACUUAAAAAAGAAAUAUCGGAAAUAUUGGUUCUGCUUAAUGAACAAAAAUCCAAUAGAGCCCAGAAGCGAAUUAAAAGUGGUCGUCUUAAAAGUACAGUUGGGGCAUUGUGCGAGAAACCUUCCUGGAUAACCCAAGAAAUGUUAGAUCUUCACGUUAUAGAUAAAGGCAAACAACAUGAUCUAAUUCGUUAUCAAGUUCGUCAGAAACAAUUAUAUUUAGCAAAACUUGCCAAAGAAUAUCAAAAGCUUGCAUUGGAAAAAGGGAAAAAACUUUUAAUACAAAAGGUAGAAAUACCAUUCAAAAAUAUUUCAACUGAAUUGCAAAACAAUAUGCACGCAAUUAAAAUUCAAUGGAGGGAAGCAGCACACGUUAACACUCGAUAUAAAGACAUAAUGACAUCUUUGCAACAAGAUGGGGCUAGAUUUGAAUUUAACAUGAAAUGUAUCGAAAAUCAACUCUGUGUCCAAAGAACUGAAAUAGAUAGACUUCAAAAGAUUGCAGAAGAGGCAUCCGAAAUGCGUGGCCGAGCACGUACAGCACUGGUUCAACAAGAAAAAUCCGCUUUAAACGCAGCGAAAUCUAGAGAUCAACAAGAAUCGGAAGGACGAUUAUUAGUAGAGAAGGGACAACAAGAAUUGGAAAAGUUGGAAAGAAGAAUAUUUCAGUCCGGAAAGGUUCCAAUAAGACCCGAGACGGAUAGUAAACUCGAAAAUAAUGUAGUAGCUGAACAAUCGACACCUUCUCCUCAAAAUGAUGACGUUAUUGUAGACAUAUUUGAAAGUCUUAAACAAGGAACUGGGGCAACAACAACGGAAGAGGUUUUAGAACGUUUUCGAGCUCAACGGGAAACUGACAGCAGACUGAAUAACUUAAGAAAUAAUUCCGAAAUUGAAAAACGACAUUUAGAAAAAACUCAGGAGGUUUUGAAUUUUGAACUUGAACAACAUAAAUAUGCAGAAACGCGUGAUGAGGAACAAAAUUUAGAGCAAGUGGAGCAAUUUGAGAAAUUAAUACAAGAACAAGAAGAGUUGCAGAAAAACUAUGAGAACCAAAAAGAAGAGACGAAAACAGUUAUACGGCAUGUCGGUGCGUGUUUGGACAGCUUAUACAGAGGCAUACAUCCGCUGUCCACUGUCGAACAAAAUUCAAAAAUGGCGUUGCAAAGAGUCGAGGCCGAACUUUGUGAGAUAAUUUCAGAAUUAAAUCAAGCGAAACCUUCCGUGAAGUACCCUGCAAUGAUUGAGGUGUUGGAGAUGGAUGAGGAUAAGUGGUUACCACCACCCUAUGGAGGCUUGGUAGCAAGAACUCCAGUUCCUCAAGAAGAGUCACCUAUCCCACAACCAAUUGGAUCUGAUGAUGAUGAAGAAGUGCCGACUCGAGGUUACCUUAAACGUCAAGCUCAAUUGGUAGUUGAUGCGAGAUUGAGGAGAAAAAAUAUACGUUUUCAAAGAAAAUAAAAACCUCUUGAAGCUACAUUCUAGUUAGGUGAAUUAUGUGUAAUUGUAUAUAUAACU